AGAGAAACUCUACCACUGCUCCCGUUGUGAUAAAAUAUUUAGCAUGAACACCAGUCGGGUGAUACACAAGAACACUCACACUGGGGAAAAACCAUAUGAGUGUCUGUAUUGUGGGGAAUGUUUUGUGAAUAAUUCCAAGCUUGUGACACACCAGAGGACUCACACAGGAGAGAAGCCAUAUGAGUGUCUGGAUUGUGGGAAAAAGUUCAAUCAUAAUUCGAACCUGGUGAUACAUCAGCGGACUCACACUGGAGAAAAACCAUAUGAGUGUCUGUAUUGUGGGGAAAGUUUCAGCCAGAAUUCAAACCUGGUGGCACACCAGAGGACUCACACUGGAGAAAAACCAUAUGAAUGUCUGUAUUGUGGGAAAAGUUUCAGUCAGAAUUCCAACCUGGGGAAACACCAGAGGACUCACACGGGAGAGAAACUCUAUUGUUCAGAUUGUGGGAAAGGUUUUACUUGCAAUUCUGACCUUGUGUUACACCAGAGGACUCACACAGGAGAAAAACCAUAUGAGUGCCCAGAUUGUGGAAAAAGUUUCAGGCGGAAUUCCUCCCUUAUAGAACACCAGAGGACUCAUACAGGAGAGAAGCCAUAUGAGUGUCCAGAUUGUGGGAAAAGUUUCAAGCGUAUUUGCCAUCUGGGGAGACACCAGAGGAUUCACACAGGAGAGAAACCAUAUGAAUGUCUGGAUUGUGGGAAAAGGUUCAGACAGAGUUCUACCCUGGUGAUACACAAGAGGACUCACACAGGAGAGAAACCAUAUGAGUGUCCGGACUGUGGGAAAAGUUUCAGUCAGAAUUCUCAUCUGAUCUUACACCAGAGGUCUCAUACAGGAGAGAAACCAUAUGAGUGUCUGGAUUGUGGGAAAA